AUGCCCAACCAUGUCCCUCACUUAACUCGCAGCAUAAUAACAAAAUCAAAUACUUUUACACAGAUUUUGUAUCUCGCUGCUCUGGUGGGGUUGGUGAUCGCGCAGCACGGGCAUGAGCACGCGCACUCCUCGCAGCACAUCUCCAAGCACGACGGACACGCGGAGGAAGUCAUCAUCAAGGACCACCACGGACACGAGAAACACGUCGACUACUACACGCAUCCCAAGUACGAGUUCAAGUACGAGGUGGAGGACAAGCACACGGGCGACCACAAGACGCAGCACGAGCACCGCGACGGCGACGUCGUCAAGGGCUUCUACAGCCUGCACGAGCCCGACGGCUCCCUCAGGGACGUGCACUACCACAGUGACAAAAAGACUGGGUGA